UUUAUAGUUUUAGUGGGUGAGAAUAGCCAUGUCUACUUCAAAGAGCGUCAGCAGUUCUAGUGAAGAUGAAAAUGAACUUAGGAGAGGGCCUUGGACUCUUGAAGAGGAUAAUUUGCUCUCCCAAUACAUUUCUAAUCAUGGGGAAGGGCGAUGGAAUUUGCUGGCAAAACGUUCAGGAUUAAAGAGAACUGGUAAAAGUUGCAGAUUAAGGUGGCUAAAUUAUCUAAAACCAGAUGUGAAACGGGGAAAUUUAAGCCCAGAAGAGCAGCUUUUAAUACUUGAACUCCACUCAAAGUGGGGAAACAGGUGGUCAAAAAUUGCACAACAUUUGCCGGGGAGGACAGACAAUGAAAUCAAGAACUAUUGGAGAACCCGGAUUCAGAAACAAGCAAGGCAUUUGAAAAUUAACAGCGACAGCAGAGAGUUUCAAGAACUUGUUAGGCGUUUCUGGAUACCAAGGUUGCUUCAGAAAGUAAAAGAAUCACCCUCUUCUUCAACCAUGUCAAUUCAAAACCAGGCAAUUCCUCUGCCUCAAGGUGGUGUUUCUCAUUCAAGUGUUGGGACCAUGCCAUCACAAACUCCUUGGCAGGGACUUUGCAUGAAUGAAGCUGGUCCCACUUACUCAGACUCUGAUCACAACAAUGGUUCAUGCAUCUCCUUUUCUGAGUCAGCAAAUGUUCCAAACGUGCCUCAGCAUUUUGGACACACCAUCAACCAAUUUCAUGACUUUGGAAAUUUCACAUAUGAUGGUUAUCAUGAAAAUAACAAUGCCUAUGAGAUGGACACUUUCAAAACGCCAACUGCAAGGGUGGCUGAGGAUGUGCAAUACCCAAUUGCUGAUUGUCAAAUGGCAGGAGCCAAUUGGGUAAACAACGACUUUGCAUGUAGCAUGUGGAACAUGGAUGAAUUCUGGCAAUUUAGCAAGUUACAAAAAUAAGACUUUAGGGUUUUGGUUUUUGGAAUAACCCAAACGCUAUCUUUGAUGACAUUAUUGUUAUCAUGAAUUGUUGAUUAGCUACACCAAAUUAAUUAAUCCAUAUGGUGAUUGUUUUCUGUACAUCUGUUCAGACUUCAGAUGACUACUUUGUAAUUUGUAUUGAUUGAGAUUGAAUCCCUAAGUUGAGCAAAGUCAAUGGUCGCUGGUGCAAAACACAACUACCCUCUCAA